GCACUUCAUGUGACCAUAUUGUGCCGUGUACAUGUGAUAAUCACAUGACUACUACACUCAUUUUAUUCCAUAUAAUUUUAUUAUUGAAUUAUGAUUUGAAAAUAUUUUGUUAUUUUAAAUAAAUUUUUAAAAAACAAAUGAGGAUCACCUUUAAAUGAACAGAUCGGAAGAUAUAUCAUAAUUUAAAAUGAGACAAAAGAAACCCGACUUAAAAGGAGUGGCUGUACGAUUUCCUAAAGCGUUUAGGAUAGAUGGCGAUGUGAUAAUACGUAAUGUUUUAACAUUUCUAACUUUAAAAUUUACUACCAAAUACGUUUAUUUCAGAAAUAACAAUGGAAGUUGUUCAUGUUACGUAUUUAUGGAAACGCCAGAUGAAAUUACACAGAUGAAAGAAAAGGGACAAUUUACACAAUUAUGGCGCGUCUCAAAUAUUGCCAAUCACUAUGAAUUUGUUCUAUAUAAAUCGACCGACGACUGCAAUUGGAUUGCUAGGAAAACUGCGGACAAUUCACAAGUGUUUGGAAGGCUUGAAACAGAAACCCGGCAACCAGUGCAUGUUAUCAGCUAUGAAUCUAUCUUCAAGGAUGUGUUUGAAGGUCCGAGAGCAAAUAACGCUACUACUACUUCUUUCAAAGCAACACGAAAGAACAAAAAUAGCGUCGACCAAAACGUUAUUUCACUGGGACAAAAACAUAAGCAGAGUGUAUGCGUGUGCCCUAAUGAAAAGAACACGCAUUCGCUAAAAGCUAAUUAUUCAACCGAUGAGAGUGAGAGUAAACCUGUACAGGAAACAAAUGUUCAACAGACCACUUUGUUAAAUAGUGCACAAUCUAGUGUUCAAGCGGACGUGUGCCUACCGUCAAACAUAAAAUGUCGAUACCCAUCAUACAACACCCAAGGUAGCAGAAUCGAGACUUAUAAAACAUGGCCUCACAUAAAACCAACGUCAGCAGACUGUACAAUGGCUGGAUUCUUUUAUAAAGGCCCUGGAGACCUCGUGCGAUGCUUCUGUUGUGGGAUCGGAUUCAAAGAUUUCUCUGAGGUCGACAUCCCUCUACAUGAACAUAUAAAAUAUUCCCCAAAAUGCGCUUAUCUGGAACACAUUUUAGGAACCGAGGAGCUAAAUCACAGAAUGCAUGAGUUAAAAUCAACUGACCCGGAGAACAUUCGCCAAAAGCAGUAUGAGGAGUUCAAAACAAACAGAGAUAAUGAGUGUAAGACCAAACCAUACCGACAUCCGGAAAAGUCCACUUCGGAAAUGCGUAUGAUAACGUUUUUAAACCCAAACUUUCGUUCGGUUAUUUCGCCUAAAGAAUUGGCAGAUGCUGGUCUUUUCUACACAGGAGAGAACGAUCUCGUGCGUUGUUUCGCCUGCGAUGGAGGAUUCCGCAACUGGGACGUAAACGAUGAUCCCUGGACGGAACACUGCAGGUGGUUUCCGUCCUGCAGGUUUGCAAGAGAAGUCAAAGGGGACACUUUCAUCGAGAACAUUCAACAGCAAACGACUCGGUCUCGUCAUACCGAUACAAACACAGAGCCAGCAAGUAGACAUAAGAAUGACAUUACGCUUGACAGCGACCUUGAGAUGUUACGUGUCAUUGUUGUCGACGAAAUGGGAUUCAGCGGUGACACAUUCAAAACAGCGCUUAAGCGACUGAAGAAAAUCGGAACUGUACCGAGCAUUGAUGACGUCAUCGCUUACAUCGAAAGCAUGCACAUUCAAGGAACUGACGCAGAUAGUGACACGUUCAGUCAAGAUUUCUUUCAUGAAGACCCAAUUACAGAAAACCAGCGACUGAAGAGCUUACUUCUGUGCAUGAGAUGCAAGUCCAACGACGCCAAUGUCCUGUUCCUACCAUGCGCCCACCAUCGGAUGUGCACGGACUGUGCACGUGGAAUCGCAAAAUGUCCUGUCUGCCAGCAGACUAUACAAACAAGCGUCCAGACAUUCCUAACGUAGAUUGUUCUGAAAUACACCAAGACAUUAAGGUCCCUUGCAAACUAUCUAAAACUUAACAGACUGGUUUCACAACAAAUUUUCUCAAAUAAUUCAACCAAAAUUCCUUUCGAGACAGGCGUUAACUGUUUAAUAAAUGUUAUUUCAGUUUCUGCAUAACACGUAAAUGUACAACUGAUUGAUGCAUACAAUGUAAGUACAUCUAAUGAAAAAUGCAAACGCAAUAUUAUAUAUAUAUAACAAUCCUCAGUAUCGAUAAAAACAUAGUAACGCGUGUCUGGUUAUGAUCUUAUCAUGAAAAGAGAUGUACUUUUAUAUCAAAUCAUAAUUUAAGUGCGACAUUGUAUUAAUACAUGUUCUUUCAAUUACGUUCAUGUUGUGCGUGUGAUUGCUUUGAUUGUAAAAUGAAAACAAUUUAAUAUGUUGUGUUCCUUUAUGUUAUAGCACACAAUCAUAUAACAUGUUUUAUAAAAUAAACGUAUAAUGCUUU